UUGCUGCUGGUGGCACAGAUGCUUGUUGCCUAAAAAUUCCAAAUACAACCAAUAUCCUUUUCGAAGUUUUGAUCUUUAUUUCUUUGUAAUCCCAAAACCGUUGGGGACAUUUUCUCACCUAGCCAAUCACUCCACCAAAUUAAAAGAAAAAGCAUGGAAAAUUGAGCGCUAGAUAUAUGAUCUUGCGGCACACAAGUGCAACAAAAGCAAUACAAAACAAAAAGAAAGAAAAAUUAGCUAAUACCCCCUUUUAACACCCUCCUCAUCAAGCCUUGUUUUUCACUCCUCCUCCAUCUCUUAUUCUUUCCUCCAUUCCGCAUCCCCAAAAGUUCAUUUCUCAUUUCUUUGAUCUCUCUCUCUCUCUCUCUCUCUCUCUUGGUGGCAGUGGCGGUGAAGGUGAAGGAGGAGAGCGUGAUUGGAGAGGUAGGAGAGAGAACAAACCCAGGAAUGGAAACUACAACAAGAAUUCAAGAAAGCAAAAUCCCUUCUCCAAUAAACUCUCCUCACAGCAAUGGAAGCAACAAUGGGAUCCAAAUCCAUACCCCACCACUCACUCCAAUACCCAUCUCCAGAUCUGACGCUAACCCUUACCCAACAACCUUUGUCCAAGCAGACACCUCUACUUUCAAACAAGUAGUUCAAAUGCUCACUGGGUCAACAGAAACAGCAAAGCAAGCUUGUUCAAGAACUGCUCAAGAUCCAGCAGCAGCACCACCACCACCAACACCAACUACACCCACAUCGACUACUACUACGAGAAACUUCACCAUCCCUCCAAUCAAAAGCAUUCCAAAGAAGCAACAAAAUAGCUUCAAGCUUUACGAAAGGAGAAACAGCAAUCUUAAGAACAGUCUUAUGAUCAACACUUUGUUGCCUAGUUUUGCAAGUAAUAACUCAGUUACAGGAUUUUCGCCAAGAAACAAGCAGGAGAUUUUGUCUCCAAGCUUGCUUGACUUCCCUAGUCUGACACUUAGUCCGGUAACUCCAUUGAAUAAUGAAGACCCUUUCAAUAAGAGCUCCCCAUCUUUAGGGAAUUCAUCGUCAGAGGAGGAAAGAGCGAUAGCAGAGAAAGGGUUUUACUUGCAUCCUUCGCCCAUAUCUACUCCUAGAGAUUCAGAGCCACAAUUGCUGCCGCUGUUUCCUGUGACCUCACCAAAAGUUUCAGGUUCUUGAUUUUCUUGAAGAUGGAAGAAAAAAGGAUUGUAAGGAGUUGAUGGGUUUUGGAUGGUUUUGAGGGAGAGGUAGAGAACUUUGGUUUAAUUGUACAAUUUGAUCUCUCUUUUCAUGAUAGAUAUGGUAAAGCCUUUGUUUA